AUGGAGUCCAAUACCCAGCCCUUGGGUUUGAACAGAAAAGACCGCAGCCUCUAUGUAGAAAUCGACGGUAAAGAAUAUUUCAUGCUGGUAUUGCGAAACAACCACUAUUCUAAUGUGUCAAGCAUCAUGCGGCCGGUGAUAUGCAUGAAAUGUGGAUCGCGCCUGCACAAAACCGAAGACGCUAUGAACAACGAUGCCAUCAAGCUGGAGUGUUUGGAAAACCUUCAAGACUCUUUGACGCCUGAUGCAUAUGACAAAGCCUGUCCAGAAACCAACAUCAUUGCAUUCGAUAUAGAGACAAUCACUAAAGACGGUGUGCUGAUACCGUAUUCGGUCUCAUGGAUGUUCGAAAACAAGAUCUACAACGAAAUAGGCUAUGGCUGCGACGCAAAAUUCAUCAAGAGCAUCGCUAACAUCCAAGGGGUCAAGACAUUGGUCGGAUUUAACUCCAGCCGGUUCGACAACUACAUGCUUGUGAAAAGACUGCUGUUAGACGGAAAGGUACUGAACAGCAAUAACUGUGUCGUACACAGCAACCAAAUCCUGCGACUGAACACAAGAGAAUACAAAACAUGGGACAUAUGUCAAUUCACAAAAUGCUCGCUCAAUGCUGCGUGCGAGGCGUUCGGCGUCGAAGAAAGCAAAUUAGGAUUCGACCACGAGCAUGUACAACGUCUGUUUGAAGAGCACGGCUGGAAUUUCAUAAAUGUCAUCGGCAAGGAUGAAAUCCGAGAAUACAACGACAAAGACGUGGAUCUAACGAUGAAGCUGUUUAAUAAACUUGCUUACAAGCAUAUGUCGAACUACAACCGAGAGAGAGGUAUUGAGAUUGACAAAAUCCCUGUUGAGCAUGAUUACAUCUUUGACACCAUCCCAGCCGGACGAGUGGAGAUGUUCAAACCAGCAAAGCAAUAUUGCGGGCAUCAUCACGCAGCUCGAGCACUACGACCCCGCCAAGAUCCACAAUAA